AUGAGAGUGAGACAUUCAUUUGUAGGAAAAGCUGAAGUUUCUAUCCUCGAAGGAACAGGAAAAUAUUCUUGGUGACUCGGGACAGUGGACCUGCAAAGAUGGCAACCGCCUAUCUAACCCACCAACAGAAGGUCUUACGGCUUUAUAAGAGAGCCCUUAGACACCUGGAAUCCUGGUGCAUCUUUAGAGAUAAGUAUCGCUUCUAUGCCUGUCUGCUGAGAGCUCGAUUUGAUGAGAAUAAGCAUGAGAAGGACUUGGUCAAAGCAACAAUGAUGCUGAAAGCUGGUGAGGAGGAAUUUUGGGCCAAUCAGCAUCCACAGCCCUACCUGUUCCCAGACUCACCUGGCGGGACAUCCUAUGAGAGAUAUGAAUGCUAUAAGGUUCCUGAGUGGUGCCUGGAUCACUGGCAUCCCUCGGAGAAGGCCAUGUACCCAGACUACUUUGCCAAGAGGGAACAGUGGAAGAAGUUGCAGGCGCAGAGCUGGGAUAGAGAGGUCCAGCAGCUGCAGGAGGAGACCCCUGAAGGCGGAGUCAGGUCUGAAGCCCUGCCCCCAGCUCGUAAGGAGGGGGACCUGCCCCCCCUCUGGUGGCAGUAUGUCACUCGCCCCAGAGAGCGUCCUAUGUGAACCUCGUCGCUGCCGAGAGCAGCCAACUUUGUGUCACCCUUCAAACCUACACCUGUAUUCUGUGAAUUCUCCCUCUAUAGGUAUAAUAAAUAUAUAUUG